ACUAAAGAAGCCGGAGAGUGAGGGGGCUGCUGACUUAUGGCGAGUUGUGCGAGAGAAGACCGAAACUGAGAUUUGAUUUCCACCAUGUCAACCAAUGAGAGCUCAGUGUCAGGCUGCAGGUCAGAAGUCAGACCCAGCAACAGCACCUGCAGCCAGAGGGAACUGUCCAUCACGGCCUCCGCCGUCUCCAUGACCGUGGGCAUCUUCUCCAACAGCCUCGCCCUCUUUAUCCUGGUCAAAUCCUACAACCGCAUCCGGAUCAAGUCCAGAGCGUCCUUCGUGCUGUAUGCCAGCAGCCUGGUGGUCACAGACCUGCUGGGUCACCUCAUCAUCGGCUCCCUGGUGAUCUUUGUUUACAGCUCUCACAAGAACUGGGAGACGUUUGACCCUCACCGCAUCGUAUGCAGCUUCUUUGGGGCGUGCAUGGUGUUCUUUGGCCUGAGCCCCUUAUUCCUGGGAUGUGCCAUGGCAGUGGAGCGGUGCAUUGGGAUCACCAGGCCCAUCUUCCACUCCACUGUGUUAGCGCCCCGCCACAUGAAAAGGCUGCUGGGUCUCAUCUGGCUGCUCGCUGCCUUGGUGGCUGUGCUGCCUGUGCUGCUGUUGAGGUCCUACAAGGUUCAGAAAUCCAGGAGCUUUUGCUUCUUCCACAUGGAAGAACCCAAAGACUGGCUGGAUGUAUUCCUGCCUCUGCUUUUCUCUAUGCUGGGGCUACUGGCCCUGCUGCUCUCCAUUGUAUGCAAUACUCUGACAAGCUGUGCUCUGCUGCAGGCCAAACUGUGCCGCAAGAAUCACUGCAGAAGCACGUCUUACCACAUAGAGAUGAUCUGCCAGCUCCUGGCCAUCAUGUUGGUGUCCUGCGUUUGCUGGGGCCCAUUGCUGAUUCAUGUCAUCAUUCUUAGCACCAGCGCCAAAGAUGAGCCUGCAGUUGUCACUCUGCUGAUGGUGGUACGUAUGGCCACCUGGAACCAGAUCCUGGACCCCUGGGUCUACAUCCUGCUGAGGAGGGCUAUCCUGAGGAAAAUCUUCAUGCUGUUCCAGUGCUGCUGGCCCUCCAAGUCUCAUAAGCUAAACAACUGGCAGUGCAGCACGCUCCGCAGCUCUGUGGAGACCAGCAACUCUGGUGGCGGCCUGCCCGUCUGCCGUUGCCCAGAUGCCGCCAUCAAAUCGAUCGCCUGAACCCUGGGUCGAAUGGUUCUGAAUCCGAGAGCCGAGAACAGGAAAAAAAAAACAGGAGGAUGCUGUGAAGCUGUGGAGAACUCUGUUGAAAUAAGCUCAUUUGGAAUAUCGUACACACGACAUAAUGACGAGUCUGUUUUCAUGUUGCCUUUGCAAAUUGAUCACCAUGUUGUAUUGUGGUGUAUUGUGUAACCUGGGAUUAAUUUUUCUCCAGCUGUUUUUAUGCAUCAGCAGCUCUGAACAAUAUCUGUCUAAAGUGUUCACCGUGUUCAUAAAAUAUGACAGACAGACUUAGGCUGGUUUAAUAAUUCAUUUACUGUCCAUUUGGUACAGUAAAAAGUUACUGCCUUUGUUAUUAAUCCUGCUGAAAUGUCCAUACAGCUGCUCCAGCUGUCAUCGAAGGAUUCUUACUGAAGGUGUGUGAUUCUCUUUGUCUUAUUACAUCACGACUGUUACUGGCAGUAGCUCUGGUCAUAAACACAGUAUCGAUCUGUGUUUUUGCUCCCCCGUGCGAAUCGUAAGAUGAUAUGGAUUCAUCAGUUGUGUACAGGCUACAUGUGAGGUCUGGAUUAUGAUGUGCACACUUUCAGCAGGUUAAUGCAGUUGAGGUAGGUUUAGCAGAACACAGCUGUCUGCAGCAGAAUGUGCAGAAUACAACACCACUGUAAUAUGCAUCAUCAGCUUUGAUCAAGUAUUUA